AUGUUCCUUCGAUCUGGGCUAAAAUAUGGCCUAGAGUCGCGACAAUGGCGACCAGCAUUAAGUAUCCUUCGCGCAGGAUGUCUGCAGAAAUACCAUCCUUAUUCAGGGGUUUUCCAUCUUCUUCCUCUCGGGCUCCGGGUUCAAGAAAAAUUGGAGAGACUUAUUGAUAAGCAUAUGCGCAAAUUAAAUGCAUCAAAACUAUCUUUGUCAUCACUCUCGUCUCAAUCUCUUUGGAAGAAGUCAGGGAGGCUACACGAAGGUGACUCUGAGGUAUUCCGGCUUCUGGAUAGGAAGAAGACCCCACUCCUUCUUGCUCCCACUCAUGAGGAAGAGAUCACUACUGUUAUAUCUAGUCUUGUUAAAUCAUACAGAGAUCUACCACUAAGAGUAUACCAAAUUUCAAGAAAAUAUCGUGAUGAACCAAGACCACGGCAUGGCCUUUUACGUGGUAGGGAAUUCGUCAUGAAAGACCUCUACACCUUUGAUUCUACGGAAGCCGAGGCAAUCAAUACCUAUAAUACAGUGAAAGACGCUUAUAUGGAGCUUUUUGAGGAACUAAAACUUCCAUUUGUUGUAGCCUCAGCUGCUUCCGGCAAUAUGGGAGGCAACUUAAGUCAUGAAUUUCAUUUCCCUAGUUCAAAGGGAGAGGAUACAAUCGUCAGCUGCUCUCAAUGUGAAUAUGUCUUUAACGAAGAGUUAGCUAGUGGAAAGUCUCCCAACGGCUCUAUCAGUCAUAGGCUAGAGACAAAUCCUGCAUGUGACGGACUAGGCCGUCAAGAGGCAGCGGCUAUCUCAACCGGUCAAUGGACAGCGAUCUCAAGGGAUAGGAAGACCCUAGUAAGGGCAUUCUAUCCCAAAUUCCUUAUUACUAACGGAGAAUCACAGCCAGCUCAGCGAGAAGUGAACCAGCAUUCUCUAAAAUCAAUUGUGUCGGCGUACGGAAUAGAUCUCGACAUAGGUGUUAAGGAUGCGCUUGCAACCUGGAAAGCUGAAAUUCAGAAACGACCUCAAACUGCUAGACAGGAUAUUCAUGUCCUGGACGUUUAUGAUUCCCGAGUCCGUGUUUAUGACAGGCCACCAAUUAAAGAUCUUAUGGAGGGGGUAACUUGUAAUGACCUUAACAUUCAGUCCUCGCUACUUGACCGCUUUCCUGGGACUGAUGCUGGCCUGGAUUUACUUCGCGCGAGGGCCGGAGACGACUGCCCUAAUUGUGGAAACUCGGCUCUCAAAACAUACCAGGCCAUAGAACUUGCCCACACAUUCCAUCUCGGAACGCGGUAUAGCGGUGUGCUACAAGCGAAUGUGGCUAUAAACCCUGCCACUUUGGAGGAAGGACAGCAAGGAAAAACAGAACUUGUUCCAAUACAAAUGGGCUGUCACGGCAUUGGGGUUUCUCGAAUGAUAUCCGCAGUAUCAGAUAUCCUUGCAGACAAUAAGGGGCUUAACUGGCCACAAGCCAUUGCCCCAUUCCAGGUCGCCGUUGUACCCGCAAAGGGACUAGAAAAAGAAGCGGAACUUGUCUACGACUCCGUUGCUGGACAAAACGGUGAAACAGUAGACACAAUAUUGGACGAUAGAAACAAGGACUUCAUCUGGAAGCUGAGAGACGCCGAUCUUGUUGGAUACCCUAUUAUACUGGCUGUUGGAAAGAAAUCAUGGAAUGCUGGGAACCAGGUAGAGGUUCAGUGUCGGCAGCUAGAAAAUCUUCGAACUACAGUUUCCUUGGAGGAAAUACCCAAGCUCGUUUCGUCUCUACUCAGCAAAUUAUAG